AUGGCUUCACAGGUAGGGGUUCCUACAUGUCUCAUUACAGGCUCCUGUUUUUCUUACUGGCCGAUGAAAAAGAAAACUGAGCGGCCUAAGCAAUAUCAGGCGUAUAAAAAUCAACUUUAUGGUCCAUUCCCUGGAGAUAUAACAAAUCUAAGAUCUCUUGCAUUCUUAUCUUUGACAGAGAACAAAAUUAGUGGCUCAAUUCCUGCUGAUAUAGGAAAAUUAAGAUCUCUUACGAUGCUCUCUUUAUCUAAGAACAAACUAACUGGUUUGAUCCCCACUUCUGUUGGUAAUUUGACAGAUUUAACUGAUUUAGUUCUCUAUGACAAUCAGUUAUAUGGGCUUACAUAUCUAAACCUUGGCGACAACAAUCUCUCUGGAAAUAUCCCAAAUGAGCUUGAAAGAGCUGGAUCACUGGAAUAUCUACAAUUAAAUGACAACAGUCUCAAUGGUACUCUUUCCAAUUCAAUCGCUAAACUUCAACACUUGAAAGUUCUUAACUUAGCGAAUAACAAAUUUGGAGGGAGCAUACCCACUGAGCUUGGUUUGCUCCCCGAUCUUCACAUUCUUUUAAGGUCGAACAAGUUCACUGGGUCUAUCCCUGUAGAAAUGAUGUCUAUGCUUCAACUCCGCAUUCUGGAUUUAUCACAAAACUAUCUCACUGGUCAAGUUUCUAGGAAAGUAGGGAACCUGAAAAACUUAAUAAGUAAGCCUAAUGACACAUACAGGAUUAGCAAUAUUAGCGCCGGGGAUGUGCAAUUGAAGAUGGUGGUUAAAGGGAUUAGCGUCCCGGUUCAGAUACUACUAAGUUAUACCUCCGCCAUCGAUCUAUCAUGCAACAAUCUCAGUGGAAAUAUACCAAAAGAGAUAGGUUUGUUAAAAGGACUUUACACGGUUAAUUUGUCCCACAAUCGUUUUUCAGGUCAUAUCCCUUCGUCUGUCGGAGACAUGUCUGGUUAA